GUUGGUCAGAUUUUGGCAUCUGGCUCGGAUGCAGAUGAGAACAGCUUAGAUUCAGACAUCCCCCAGAACCAAAAUUACAGGCCGCGUCAGCAGCAGAAGUACCAGACACAACUCCAGUUUCAGCAUCAGCUCCAUCAACAUUGUGUUUGUAGCUGUCCUUCUGCCAGUCAGCCAACAUCAGACGCUUUAAGGCGCGGCUAUGACGUUUGCAUCAACUGUACUGCUGAUGAAAGAUCGGCUAUUCGCGAGGUGGCCGGCAUUAGCUUAGGAAAAGAAGAGAUUGGGACAGAAGAUAGUCCAGAUAAAGAUGGUGAAGAUGAAGAGGAGGAAGAUGCAGAGGAUGAAGAAUAUGAUGAAGAAAAUGAAGAGAAUGUGGACGAAGGACAUGCAGAGUCAAGACGAAGGAGGGAUACCGGAUUUGGACUGCCUGAUCAGGCUGGAAUUGGCCACUCUCCAGACUCUGGUGCACAUUAUAGCCCUUUUGUGACUGGAGCUUUGACUGGAGAUAAUCCUGGUGGGUGUUAG